GGCUCAGUGUGUGUUUUCACAGCGGGUGAGCAACAGGCUGUGGCUCCUCACUGGAGUGGACGAGAUUUUUGUUUUAGGGUUUACUCUACUAAAGUUUUCAACGCUAAAUUAUUACUGUUCUAAGCUUUUGGCGAACUUUUGUCAACUAUUUCCUUCAGUGAAACACUUUUCUCGAGUUUUUUAUAGACAGUUAUAUUUGCUAGGGCCGUGCGAUGGAUGAAGCACGGCCUACCAGUGGAUCCCAGGCCCACGGAAUGGUGCCUCUGUUUCCCCCUGGACUGCAGGCGAUAUACGGGGAAUGUCGGCGGCUUUACCCGGACCAGGCUAACCCGCUACAAGUCACAGCAAUCGUGAAAUAUUGGUUAGGAGGACCAGACCCACUAGAUUACAUUAGUAUGUAUAGGAAUGUGGGGUGCCCAUCUCAAGACAUCCAGGAGCAUUGGCACUAUGUCAGCUUUGGACUGAGUGAUCUUUAUGGUGACAACAGAGUUCAUGAAUUCGCAGGGGCUGGCGGACCCAGUGGCUUUGGCUUUGAGCUCACAUUUAGGCUUAAAAGAGAAGUCGGAGAGACAGCACCACCAACAUGGCCAGCUGAACUCAUGCAAGGCUUGGCCCGCUAUGUAUUCCAGUCAGAAAAUACUUUUUGUAGUGGUGAUCAUGUGUCGUGGCACAGCCCUCUAGACAACAGUGAGUCCCGCAUACAACACAUGCUGCUCACAGAAGAUCCACAGAUGCAACCAGUUCACACACCAUUUGGCACAGUCAGCUUCUUACAAAUUGUAGGUGUGUGUACAGAAGAGCUGCAGGCAGCCCAACAGUGGAAUGGGCAGGGCAUACUGGAGCUGAUGCGUGGAGUGCGAGUAGCUGGAGGUCCAUGGCUCAUUACUGACAUGAGACGAGGGGAGACUAUUUUUGACAUUGAUCCACACCUACAACAGGAGAGAGUGGACCAGGGCAUAGAGGCAGAAGGCUCUAACCUGAGUGGGGUCAGUGCUAAGUGUGUGUGGGAUGAUUUGAGUCGACCACCAGAGGACGAGGAGGACAGUCGAUCUAUCUGUAUCGCGUCUCAGCCACGGAGACUCUCAGAUAAAGACACAGAACAAAUAAGGGAGACUCUGAGAAAGGGUCUUGAGUUUAAUACAAAGCCAGCUUUACCCCCCAUCAGUGGCCAGAGGCAGAACCACGACCGACCUCAAAGUAGAAAGGACAGCUUGGAGAGUGAGAGCUCAUCAGCCAUUGUUCCACAUGAGCUUGUUCGAACACGACAACUGGAGAGUGUCCAUCUAAAAUUCAACCAGGAGUCAGGCACACUGCUUCCUCUCUGUUUGCGAGGGAGACUGCUACAUGGGAGACACUUUACCUUUAAAAGCAUCAAUGGAGACACAGCCAUAACGUUUGUGUCAACAGGAGUGGAAGGAGCAUUUGCAACUGAAGAGCAUCCAUACGCAGCUCAUGGCCCAUGGCUCCAGAUAUUGUUGACUGAAGAAUUUGUGGAGCAGAUGCUUAGUGAAAUUCGAGAUCUAAACACUCACGAGGAAUCAAAGCUACCUAAGGAGUACAGCUGGCCAGAAAAGAAGUUGAAAAUUUCAGUUCUUCCGGAUUCUGUGUUUGAUAAUCCACUGCAGUGAGAGAGAUGACUGCUGGUACACCUGAAUGGACUCAAUGAAUAGGAAAAGGGUGUUUUCUACCACAAGACUGAUAAAUCCUCGGAGAAAUGCAACGUGCCGACUCACAAUUGUUACUGCAUUUAUAUAAGUGCCAACAGCGUUUCUCUGUAGUUUGCUGCUUUUAAAAUGCUAAGCUCUCACACUAGUGAUCUGAAAACACCAGUAUUAGCCGUGAGGUGUCUUAAGGUCUUCUGAGGUCAGAGGUUCAAUUCCCUAUCAACAUUAUCGUGCAUCUUGUGAUCAACAGACUUUUGAUCCAAGCAAUAAAGAUGCUUAUUUAUUGUAGUGGUGGAGUACAGCCAACAGUUAUUGUGUAUAUUUAGGCCCAAGCCCAUACAGGGCAUAGGGCCUAUUGCUUCGCCCAUGCACUCAUCGUUGCAGACUGUCUUCGCGCACAACUUCGUGCCCCCCAUCGCCCCCUGCCCUGACUCCUGUAUCCUAGCAACAUGUAUAUUUGUUCUUGCUAGCAGGUCAGCGUCAACAUUGAGUCAAUGGGCGAAGCCCAUCGCCCCUUGCCCUGACUCCACUAUCCUAGCAACCCAUGCCGUAGGCGUGGGAUAUGUAUAUUUGUUCUUGUCAGCGUCAACAUUGAGUCAAUGGGUUUCGCCCAUUGACUCAAGGUUGACAAAGGCAGCACAAAGCACUCAUGUCCCCAAAGGCACUCCUGGCAUCGAGCCCUAUCCAAGCACCCAUGCCUCAUUGUUGCAGACUGUCUUCGAAGCCCAUUGACUCAAUGUCCCCAAACACACUCCUCGCCCAUUGACUCAAUGUCCCCAAACACACUCCUCGCCCAUUGACUCAAUGUCCCCAAACACACUCCUCGCCCAUUGACUCAAUGUCCCCAAACACACUCCUGGCAUCAAGCCCUAUCCAAGCACAUAUUUAGCCAUAUUUAUUACUGCUAAAAUGAAUAGAAGUCAAUGGGAGGUCAAUGGCGGACCCCGACACCAUGGCGAAUGCUAGCAUGUCAGCGUGACGCGCCCAUCAUUCGCCAUUGUCGAGAGCUUUCAAAAAACGUAUAAUAUGUAAUCGUAAUGUUAUCGGAUAUAUUGUUUUUGCUAAAAUUAUUACUAAGCCCGAGCCCAUACAGGACAUAGGGCCUAUCGCUUCGCCCAUGCACUCAUCGUUGCCCAAAACCCAUGUUUUUGCAUUUUAUGCAUUCGUUGCCCCAAACCCAUGUUUUUGCAUUUUGUGCAUUAUCGUUUCCAAUGUCUUUUGACAUUGCAGCCCAACGCCGCAAUGAAACAGAGACAAGUGGCGCGUCAGCGCCACCCACAGGGAGUGCAGGGUCGGCCGAGUGCGAAGCACGGCCCGCGAGGGCUUAUAUUAUUUGUGAUGUGUAAAAUAUAGGCCUAGAGCAAUGCUGGAUAUUCAUGUUUUACUCUUAAUACUAAAGUUCUCUCACGUUUGUCUCUCUGCUACAAACCUCAAAAAACACUUUUCUUUCAUCAUGUUUGUUUUGUAUGAAUUUUUUGCAAGAGAUGUAUGACUGUAUAUCAGUGUUGCCAUUAUUCAGACCUGUAGCCUAUAUGUUCCGUAGUGCCUUUUUAAUUACAAAAGUAAUUUUACUCAAACCUCUCUGAACAACACUAACCAUUCCAUACAAAUAAGAGAGAAUAAAGUUACUACGUAUGUACAACAUGG